AGUUAAUAAUUUUUAUUUUCUUUUAAGACGUAUCAAAGAUGUUCAGCAUUAGAAGAGCUGCCACUAAAAUGGGUGCAAGACCAGCAAAGAAUAGUUUGCAGAUUAUCCCAUCCAGAAAUUUUGCUAUCCAUAAGUUGAAGGGGAAGCUAGCAGAGAUGAUCCCAGUAGUCCAAGGAAGACUCAACACUCUUAAGAAGGAGCAUGGAGAUAAGGUCUUGGAGACUGUUAAAGUUAACCAAGUAAUUGGAGGAAUGAGAGGUAUGACUGGACUUGUUUAUGAGACUUCUAAACUCUCUGCUACCGAAGGAAUCAGAUACAGAGGACAUAGUCUUGAUGAAAUCAUGAAGAUGGCUCCAUCCUUUGUUGAAGGAGGAUCUCCAGCCCCAGAGGGUAUCCUUUGGUUACUCCUUAGUGGAGAGUAUCCAAAUAAGCAGGAGCUGGAUGAUGUCGUGAUUGAUUUGAAAGAGAGAAGUUACAUUCCUGAGGAGACCAUUGAACUCAUUAGAUCAUUUCCUAAAAACAUGCAUCCAAUGACCCAAUUCUCCAUGGGUAUGCUUGCUUGCCAGAGUAUGUCUACCUUCGCUCAGCAUUACAGAGCUGGUAUUGCCAAGAAUAAGUACUGGGAAGCCAUGUUUGAUGAUUGUAUCAAUGUUGUUGCUAAGAGCUCAAAGGUUGCAGCCUUAGUCUUUAAUAAUAUCUAUCAUGAUGGUAAACACCUUCCUGAAUUUUUUGACGACAAACUCGACUUCGGAGCUAAGUAUGCACACAUGCUUGGAUACGAUAGUGAAGAUAUGUACGAAUUGAUGAGACUUUACCUUGUCCUCCACAUGGAUCAUGAAGGAGGUAAUGUCAGUGCUCAUGCCAACAGAUUGGUAGGAUCUGCACUUUCAGACCCAUAUCUUUCAUUCUCAGCUUCCUUGAACGGACUUGCUGGACCUUUACAUGGAUUGGCUAACCAAGAAUGCUUGAGAUGGUACUUAGAAAUCUUGGACAAGUAUGGAAAACACUGGAACAAAGACGACAUUGUCGAACAUGUGCAUCACACUUUCGAUAGCGGUAGAGUCGUCCCAGGAUAUGGACAUGCUGUGCUUAGAAAGACCGACCCAAGAUUUACUCAUCAGCUAGAAUUUGGUUUGACCCAUUUCCCAACCGACAACUUGAUCCAGUUGGUCAAUGCUUGCUACGAAGUGAUCCCAGAGUUGCUUCCAAAGAUCAAGCCAUCGAUUGCUAACCCAUAUCCAAACGUCGAUGCUUGUUCUGGAGCACUCCUGAUGCACUUCGGUCUGAACCAAUUCGAUUACUACACUGUACUGUUCGGAGUGUCAAGAGCAUUCGGAGUGAUGUCUUCUCUGUUAUGGGACAGAGCACUUGGACUCCCAAUCGAAAGACCAGGAUCAGUCACAGUUGAAGGACUUCUUGAGAAAGCAAAGAAUCUUGAUUAGAUUUUUACAAUAUUUCGUGUUUCC